AUAAGGAGCGCCCGCCCCCCGCCCACAGUCCUCUCCCUCUCUCUCUCUUCUCCAUCCACAUCCAAACCGCCCUUCAAACAACCCAUCGCGCAGCGUCCAUCGCUCUCAGCUCGCCUUUCCAUCUCCAUCGCAACCGCAUCUCUAAACUUCAACUCCCACUUCUUCAAAAUGACUGGCGGCAAAUCUGGCGGCAAGGCCUCUGGCUCCAAGAGCAGCGCUCAAUCCCGUUCCUCCAAGGCCGGUCUCGCCUUCCCUGUCGGUCGUGUCCACCGUCUACUCCGCAAGGGCAACUACGCUCAGCGUGUCGGUGCUGGUGCUCCCGUCUACCUCGCUGCCGUCCUGGAGUACCUCGCCGCAGAAAUCCUCGAGUUGGCUGGCAACGCCGCCCGUGACAACAAGAAGACCCGUAUCAUUCCCCGCCAUCUCCAGCUCGCCAUCCGGAACGACGAGGAGUUGAACAAGCUGCUCGGCCACGUCACCAUCGCCCAGGGUGGUGUUCUUCCCAACAUCCACCAGAACCUUCUGCCCAAGAAGACAGCCACCAAGGGCGGCAAGCCCACCAGCUCGAUGGAGUUGUAGACGCGUGUCUCUCUUCUGUUCUUCGGCGCGGCGGUUCUGGGUUGAAUUUUUUUCUGCAAUGAUAAUGGGGUUCGGUCUGGGUUCCUGGGUUCACGG